GAAAUAACUCUAGCAUCGCAUAACUUACCGCAACAUUCAUCGACACUUCUAAAGUCGACCACCAAGCUUCUUCAAUCCUCCAUAUCAUCUGUCACCUAGGGCUUCCCCAGACUUCCUAGAAGAGCAUCAGCACGAUCCUGUAUACUUAGAAGGCAACGACGCAAUCGCCGUUGCGCAUUCAGCCUAUAAUCCAAGCGAUUCACUCGAUUUCAAUAUAUCCCACAUUCGGUGGCUCUCUCCGACCCUUCCCCCCCGUGCCGAUACUGGCCAGCGCAAUCAUCGCCGGCAGAUACUGAGGUCGCCCAUCAAGGCCUAGGCCGUGUCUCUUUGCGAGGGACCGCGCCAUGGAGCAGCAACCUCAGAACCCGCCCGGACUGUACCGGAUCAGCGAUAUAAAUAACCCUGGCCAGAACGUCGACAAGCCAACCCGCUACUAUGGAGAACAUGCACAUGUGAGAAACGACAGCCGCUCAAUAUGGGAGCUCCGCAAAAACCUUCAGACCUUGUUGAACUUUCCAAAGUCUGGGUUUCCCGGCGCACAACCAGUUAGCUUCCUGCGCCGACACAUCGAGGAGUUGAGGAGGGAAGACUACUAUGUCUGCGAGAAAUCAGAUGGCGUGCGCUACCUCCUGUGGUUGACAGAAGACGACCACGGCGGCGAGUGCCAGUACCUAAUCAACCGCAAGAACGAAUACUUUCACAUCAACGAGACCCGACUGCACUUCCCACUCCCGCCGCCCGAGGAGGACAAGGCAAAGUUUCACAAGGACACGAUUGUGGAUGGCGAACUUGUCCUUGACGACGUUGGCGGUGGACGCAAGGAGCCUGUUUUUUUGGUCUUUGACUGUCUCGUCAUUGACGGGAUGAGUCUAGUUGAACGUACGCUUGACAAGAGGCUCGGCUACUUUAAGGAACGAGUCUUCAAGCCGUACAAGGAGCUGUUUCGCGAAUACCCCGACGAGCAGCAGUUCCAAGCGUUCCGGGUCGAACUGAAGGACAUGCAGGUCAGCUACGGCCUGGAGAUGAUGUUCCGUCAAGUACUGCCGAAACUGCGACACGGCAACGACGGUCUCAUCUUUACGUGCCGGAACAGUAGCUACGUUUUCGGUACGGACGAUCACAUAGUGAAGUGGAAGCCGCCAGAGGAGAACACCAUCGAUUUCAAGCUGGCGCUCACCUUUCCUCGGGUAGAGCCGGAUCCAGAGGUCGACGGACCCGACGCGGAACCCUACGAGGACUACGACAGCAUACCUACGGCCCAGCUGCUCGCCUGGACUGGUAAGGGCAAUCCAGAGACGCACUUUGGCGACCUCUACCUGACCCAGGAGGAGUGGGAGGCUUUGAAAAAGCUCAACGAGCCGCUGCACGGCCGAGUUGUCGAGUGCGGCCAGGACGAGCAAAAGCGGUGGCGGCUGCACCGGUUCCGCGACGACAAGGAGAACGGCAACUUUAUCAAGGUCAUGGGCAACGUUAUGGAAAGCAUCCGGGACGGCGUGUCCGAAAAGGAGCUGAUCGACGCAUCCAAGGGGAUCAGAGAUAGCUGGAAGCAGAGGGCGAGGUAGAGGGCCAUGGCGGGCCUGUGGAAGGACCCAGCGUGACUUUGUCGUUUUUUUUUUUUUUUUUUUCGGCGGCGGCGGCAGCGGCAGCAAGUUUAAGUGUAAGCUUCAAGGCUAUACUGGGUUUUCUGGCUUAUUCUACUCACUUGGCUUCACCCUGACGACGUGGGAGGAAUUCCGCGCACCUGAUGUUGAAUAUUACCCUUACUUAGCCUCCUCUUUUUAUAAGCGAUCUGAUUUUUUUCUUCAUCCUUUCGAGACAAUGAUCACUUCCGCCACUUCGG